CGAGUCCACAAUUCAUCAGUUGCACUCAGGUCUUCACCAGCAAUCAAUCGAAUUCAAUCGUACGGAAUGUUGCGUCUAACACUUCUGGCCUUCAUUGGCAUCCUGUGCCUGGCAUACGCCUACGCCCUGGAUGAUGCCGCCAACGAAGAGCGGGUGAUCGGACUCCUGGACGUCGCGGAUCAGGGAGCCAACCAUGCCAACGAUGGAGCCCGAGAGGCCCGCCAGUGGGGCGGAGGAUGGGGUGGACGUGGAGGCGGAUGGGGUCAUCAUGGAGGCGGCGGAUGGGGCGGACGUGGAGGAUGGGGCGGUUGGGGAGGCGGCCGCGGCGGAUGGGGAGGUGGCCGCGGAGGUUGGGGUCGCGGUUGGUAAUGAACACGCCCCCGACCAAGCCCACCACUUGCCCCACGUCAAAAGGACACCCACGGAUGUCGAGGCGUGAAUAAAGAACAUUGAAGCAUUAAAA